CAGAAUUUUACUUCUCAUGUGCUUGGAACGGGUGUCGCUGAACUCCAAGUCCUUCUGGGUCGCUCUCGUAACGCUUCUCGCCCCUUUGUUACUUUCCCGAUCUUUGAUCAAGAUAUGUGCCCGCUCGAAAUGAGCCCCAACGUCUAACAGCCUUCUCGAAUCCGUGCCGCGCUGGAACGUUAUUGUGAAGAUUCCACGAUGUCAGAGAGAAGCGCGCAGCCCACUGUCACAGCUCUCACCCUUCCGUUGACUCGACCUCAUCCAAAUCGCUUUCCUGCUCCCCUUUUGUCGACCCAAACGCAAGCCGAUGACGGAGAAAGACGUUGAAGAUACUAGCGCUACCGACGUCUCGCAGACUGACGAUCAGGGGCCGACCGUCAAGCUGAAUCCGGCGCGACUGGCCCUGGUGUUCACUGCUUUCAUGCUCGCCUUCGCCCUUACCGCCUUGGACCAGACUAUCCUUUCCACCGCGCUCCCAACCAUUGCCUCUCAUUUCAAUGCAGUCUCGGACCUGUCGUGGAUCGCCAGUGCCUACUUUCUUCCCCAGGCUGGUCUCAUGCUCUUUUUUGGGCGCAUUCUCGGGAUCUUCUCUGCCAAAACCGUUCUCCUGGUGACCGUCGGCAUUUUCGAAGUUGGCAGUCUGCUCUGUGCUGUUUCUCCGAACGUGAAUGUCUUGAUAUUCGGAAGAGUGUUUGCUGGUGUUGGCGCCUCCGGUCUCAUGGUCUCGGUGAUGUACAUUAUAGCCAAGGAUUGUUCCCUGUUCAGUUUUUCACUUCGUAGACGGUAACUGAUGAUACUCUUCAGGUUACAAGCAUUCGGCAAAGACCGGUUUUCAUGGGCGUCUUCGGAGGUGUCUACGCCAUUGCCUCAAUCGUUGGGCCGCUUCUCGGCGGUGUUUUCUCAGGUGAUUGUUUCUGUUUUUGAUGCUACGAAGCAUCACUCAUUGGACCUCUCUUCCAUGAACAGACCAUGUUUCGUGGCGGUGAGUCAUGUACUUUGUAGUGUAUGGGCUCGUUCAAGCCGCACUCUAGCUGGUGUUUCUGUGCGUAUACUGCUCCUCGCUUUGUUCAUGGUUGACGCUUUCUCAUCAUGUUUGUCAAGAUAUCAAUCUCCCGGUCCGUUGGUUCUUUAUCUAUCCCUACAUCUGCCUUGCAGUAUUGACGGCGCAUCAGAUUGGUGGCGUUGCUCUGCUCACUAUCGUAGCCUUUCUGCCCGCCAUUCGAGCAGCUGAGUCGGGUGAGACGACCAUGCAGGCAGUUAGAUCUCUGGAUUGGAUCGGCGUGUUCCUCAGCGUAGGGAUGGUGACUCUGUUCCUGAUUCCGAUUCAAUGGGGCGGAAAUGUGCGCGCUUGGAACGACCCUGUUGUCAUCGCGCUACUGGUCUUGUCUGGGUUAUUCUUGCUGGCGUUUAUCGCAUGGGAGUUGAAGACGGGCGAAAACAGUAUUCUCCCUCUCGCAAUGUUUACGCGGCGCAACCUUCUUGGGCCAUGUAUCGAAGGGUUUUUCGUGAAUAUCUGCUUCAUACUUGCAACGUACUAUCUGCCCUUCAUUUACCAGCUCCGGGGCCAUUCCGCGACGCGAUCCGGGAUCGAUAUAAUCCCUUUCAUGAUGAACAUUAGGUCGGUGUUCAUCCCGCCCUCAGCCUUCUCACAUCCUCGUGCAGCGGCGCUAUGUUCCGGAAUCGUCAUCACCAAAUUCGGACGUCCGUGGCCUUUCCUCUUUUUCGGUCCCAUGGUCGGCGCAAUCGGAUCGGGAUUGCUUUUUACCCUCAAUGGUGACUCAUCGACGGGCCGCAUUAUCGGAUAUCAGCUCGUUCUCGGCGUAGGGCUCGGCGUGACGCUCCAAAAUACGAUGGUCGUUGUUCAAGCUGAUUUCGCCAAGGAAGAAGCUCUGCUUUCCCGAGCAACGUCGGUUGUUACAUUUACGCAGACAUUGGGUGCUGCGGUCGGUCUCGCCAUCGGUGGAGCGGUGUUUUCCACCCAGCUGAAACAUCAUCUCGGUGAAAUCGCCGGGAUAGAUCCAACCGCGAUCGCCACAGCUCUUUCAAGCAUCAAAGCAGUUUUCUCUUUCCCAAUCGAGAUCCGCGACCUUGUUCUCACGGGUUAUAUUCGAUUGCGCUACGGCUCGACUUUCAAGCUGAAUGUCGGUCUCCGGAAUCUUUACAUUCUCUCGUCGACAUCAAUGUUCAAGGACUUCUUUUUCAACCAUGCCCUGGAUCACCGCGAGCCGCACUUCCGUGCACUUGUCGCGCUGGGAAGCUCUGGCGAUGUCGAGCUGCUCUCAGUGCCUGUGCAUGAGCAAUUCUUACCGACGUUCGGGCGCAACCUUUCCCGGCGGGCAAUCGCCAACAGUAUCAGCACUCCGCUCUACGCGCAGCUGAGGCAGCGGUUCCGGGAGCUUUCCCGGUCCGGUCACACGUCCCAUCAGCUGGCAGAUGUCAUCGGGAGGACGUUGUAUUCGACCUUGACCAGUGUUAUAUUCGGCCCCUCCUUCCCCCUGGACACAUACGACGACUUCAUCACUCUCGAUGACGCCAUGACAACCCUGAUGAGUCCCAUCGCGUUCACGGCCGUGGGAGCCAAGAGCGCGCGGAACCGACUGCUGAAGGUGAUGGUCGGAUACAUCGAGGAGAAUGGACCCUUUGCGGACACCUCAGUCGAGAUCGUUUCCAGCGCGCUCAAAUCUGUUGAGACCCUGCCUCUCCACGAGAAGGCUGUCUGUCUCCUCAGCCUCCUGUGGAGCGUCAAUUCGAAUCUGCUCAAGUCGAUCUGGUGGAUGAUGGCCUAUCUGGCCAACGACGCUGAAGCUCGCGAAAGCCUCGUUGCUGAGAUUCGAAACACGGUCGAAGAGCAGUCGGACGGCGACCUCCUUAGCAUGCUUGCUGCGGACAAAGAGCUGCUAUUCCGCCUGUUUCCGUGUGCGGAUGCGGCUGUCACGGAAACGCUUCGGCUGUGCACCCUGCCUGGCAGUCUCCGAGUCGUCGCCCGCGAUUUCGAGUUUCCGACGGAGGACAAAGGGAGCUCCAUUUCUCUCCGAGUCGGUGACCUGCUCAUGGCGAAUCACCGGCCCUAUCAUUUCGACGACGAUGUCUAUCCAGACGCGGGGAAGUUCAAGGCCGAUCGCUUCGUCGAGAAAACUGACACGGCACCAACCGCGAAGAUUAUGUCUUGGGGAUCAGGGGCUCACAUGUGCAAGGGCCGCAUCUUUGCCCAUCACGUCAUGAAGGUCUGGGCGAUUGCGUUUCUCCAAAGCUUCGAGUUCUCGUCUGCGGAGAAGGUACCGGAACUGGCGCCCGGGAGCGGAAACGUGAUUGCAGAUUUCUCACGCGAUAUAGUCGUCAACUUGACCACGCAUGGACACCUGAAAGGCUACCGUCCUCUCCUCGAUCCGCACAGUCUUCCCGGAAACACUCUUCCUGCGAAUUCAUGGAGCAUGGGUUUCAUGUGGCCGUGGAUACAGCGAAAAACUGCUCAUUUCAACCACCAAAACGAUCUUACCACGCUUAUACCGCUGGUUGUCGGGAAUCCGAUGUACAUCGCAGCUUCGACAAACGUCGCGCGCCAGCUUUGGGUGAACGAGAUCAAGAAUGGCCUGGAGCGUCCGGCUGAUUUUACCACUGAUGGCGUCUGGGGCAGCAGCAUCGCGUCUGCGAACGGAGAUGAUUGGAGGAGGCACAGGCGCAUCGUCGCGCCUGCGUUUACUCAGAACAUGUAUCUAAUGUUUUCAUCGGUUCGCUUUGUCUCCGUCGCUGAUUUUUUCGUGAGAUUUACCUCUAUCGUUAACGAAUCUUCUUCGGUGUAUUCGGACAUGAAGAAAGAGUUUCACUCGGGUCAGACCAUCACAAACUUGCAUGCUCUGCUGCUGAGGUUUACCCUGGUCAUGAUAUGUCGUAGUGGUUUCGGUAUUGAAGUGGACUGGAAGCAGCGCAGCGGCUCCUCGAACAGUGCCUCCAUUUUCGAUCGAGCCCUGUCAUUGGCCUCAAAGACCCUCAUCGUCCGCCUUAUCUCUCCGAAAUGGCUCUGGAAGCUGCCUUUCAAAACGCUCAAGGACAUCAACGAAUCGUGGACGACCGUCAUCAGCCUUUCCAAUGAGUUGGCUGCACAGCGGCAGACGGAAUAUUCGAUAGAUAAGGCUGCGGGAGUAGAUGACGUGGCGGACAUAUUCACCAAGCUGGUAUCCACUCUGGAAAGCGACGCAAAAUAUUCGCUGGAUCCUCCCGAGGUCACUGCGAAUAUGCUUUCGCUACUAUUCGCGGGCAACGCUAGCGCGUUGAUGUCCACGAUCGUCAUGCUUGGAUUGCACCCGGACAUUCAAGAGACUGCCUAUCAGGAGAUUCUGCAGAACGUCUCCUCGCCCGAUAAUCUGAACCUCAACGAGAUACAAGACCUCAAAUACGUCCUGGCCUGCAUGAACGAGGCUCAUCGUCUCAUUCCGGCCACGAUCAAUCUGACCAGAGACGUUCCCAACGAUAUCGUGCUCCGCAGCGAACGUCCGGUUCAGCGCGACAUCGUCAUCCAGAAGGGCUCCCGAAUCAUGUUGGACAUCAUGGCCAUCUGUCACAAUCCACAUGACUUUCCUUCUCCGGAAAAAUACAACCCUGAACGCUGGUCCUCGGUCAACGACACGGAUGUGAUCAUGUUCGGCGCCGGGCCGCGGAGCUGUGUCGGCCGGCGGUUUGCGCAAACCGAGGCCGUCGUGUUUUUGGCGCAUCUGCUCCAUGAUUGGCGGAUUGAGACGGUGAUUAACCCGGGGGAGUCUCAUGAGGGUGCUAUGGAACGCAUACUGGCCGGCGCAAGCAUGUUUGGGACAGCCUUUGCAUUGGGUGAGGUUCCAGUUCGAUUGGUCUCUAGAGAUCAGGCUUGAUAUCGCUGCAUCUUCUCGUUUCCCCCUCCUGAACUACGCCGGUAUUUUGUUCCAAAGACAGAGACUGCCGGCGAAAUAUUCAACUAGAGAUGAAAAAAGCUUAGUUAGAAUCUACUCUUAGUUCUUUCUGCGUAUGCGUGUCCAUUAUAUAUGAAUCGUGUCUCGAA